AUGCACAAGGUAACAAAAUUUGCAAUUCGUCAUUUGUCAGAUAAAGCCAGCCGAUUUGUCCCAAAAGCUGGUGUCUAUCCAAAGGGUUAUGCUGUGGGUGGUAUUCAUUGUGGGGUUAAAAAGGAUGGUAAAUCUUUAGACUUGGCUAUUUUACAAAACACGUUUGGGAAGAAUGCAUCUGCUGCUGGAGUAUUUACAGUCAAUAAAUUUAAGGCCGCUCCCGUGCAAGUUUCAAAGAAAAUAUUAAAAGAAAAACUGGGUUUGGGUAUCAACUCAUUUGUUAUCAAUAGUGGGAAUGCCAAUGCAGUUACUGGUACUCAAGGUAUGAGAGAUGCCGAAGACAUGGUUCUUGUGACUGAUUCUGUUUUGGAUAAUCCUACAAAUUCUAGUUUGGUCAUGUCCACGGGUGUUAUUGGAAACAAUUUACCAAUUGAUAAAAUCUUGGGUGGCAUUCCGAAAUUGGCAUCCCAGCAUUUAGGCAACACCCAUCAACAUUGGAUUGACUGUGCAACUGCAAUUUGUACAACCGAUACUUUUCCAAAAUUAGUUACUAAGCGUUUUUCUAUUGGUGAUGACACUUAUACAUUAGCUGGUUUGUGUAAAGGUGCCGGUAUGAUCUGUCCAAAUAUGGCCACAUUGUUGGGAUUCUUUGUUACUGAUGCACCGGUAACUCCAUCAGCUUUGCAGCAGAUAUUAAAGUAUGCUGUGGAUAGAUCAUUCAACAGUAUAAGCGUAGAUGGUGACAUGUCUACUAAUGAUACAAUAGUGGCAAUGGCUAAUGGUGCUGCUGGUGGUGAAGUUAUUGACAACACAUCUUCUUGUGCAGAAAGAUAUUCUCGUUUGCAAACUGAAAUUGUUGGUUUUGCUCAACAGUUGGCUCAAUUGGUUGUCAGAGAUGGUGAAGGUGCCACCAAGUUUAUCACUAUCAGAGUCAAAGAUGCAUUGUCGUAUAAAGACGCUAAAUCCAUUGCAUCUAGUAUUGCAAACUCCUCGCUUUUUAAAACUGCCAUGUAUGGUAAAGACGCAAACUGGGGACGUAUAUUAUGUGCCAUUGGCUACGCAAAUGUUACUUCUGCCAAUUCGGUGAUUCCAGAAAAAACUAGUGUCAAGUUUGUUCCUGUUGAUGGAAGUGAUCAUUUGAAUUUGUUGGUUAAUGGGGAGCCAGAACAAGUCGAUGAAGAAAGAGCAUCGGAAAUUUUGCAAAAUGAAGAUUUGAUUGUUGAGGUCAAUUUAGGAACGAAUGGAGGUCAAAAUGCUGACUUUUGGACAUGUGAUUUGUCUCACGAGUACGUUACUAUAAAUGGUGACUACAGAUCUUAG